GGCAAUUGUGAACGUGCAGGCAACUCUUGUUCCAUCUCGUGUCGAGUGUGCUACAACCACUUCGGCAAAAUGGCUUAUCAUUGGCAAUCCGCCUGCCCGCAUAAGGACGAUCCUCGUGUCAUUGCUGAGUUCCAAAGCAAGGGAACAGACAGCAAAGGCAAGAACAAAGGGAACGGAAAGGGCAAAUUCUAAC